ACCUGCGGUAUAUUGUCGUGGCAGUUGUGCUCAUUGUCAGCCCUUUGGUUGUCCUCGGUGACAGCGUGGUCUUUGGCCGUCAAAUACCGGGUGCACACCUACUUUUUUGCCACCCAUGUGACAGAGCCGGCCAAGUUAUUGCGCGUUGUCGAAAGAAAAGUUACAUUCACACAGGAGGAUAACAUCAGAGCAAUUGGCGCCAUUGUGAUUGAAGACAUCAACCACACGAUUGGUGGCGAGGCCUCAAUCUUGGACGGUGGCCCGACCUCCACCUAUGUGACCCUCAAGUUCAAAUCGAAGCGUGGCCAGGGCCUUGACUUUAACGUAUAUAUUUACGAUUCUCCGUAGAGUCAAUUGAUCAAUUAGCAGUGCCUAAUAAAAUGCACAUCAAAGUGUAAUAGCAAAAUUAGCUCAA